AUGAAAAAUGGGAAAGGCCCCCGAAAGAAGCCGUUUCGACGUAUAAUGUUGUUGUGUGCAAUAAUCACAUACCUAUGCAUAAGAGUGAAUGUGGGGAAGACGAGCAAUACCAAUAAGAUUGACAAUGGUAAUGACAACAACAUUCAGAAUGACAUAUACAAGUCUGUCGUUAUUGACGCAGGAUCAACAGGGACAAGAGUUCACAUAUACAACUAUAAAAUAGUAAACCACGAAAAGGACAUAAGCAUAUACAUUCCUUCGACAAGCUAUAGAACAACCCCUGGGUUAGUAUACCUGUUAAAUAACUAUUUUACAAAUGAUGAAAAAGAACCCUUUUAUGAGUAUUUUAAAAAUAUAAAGGAAUUUUUACAUGAACAUAUUACGGAAAGGGAAAGAUCAAAUACUCCUAUUCUGGUUCGAGCAUCGGGAGGAUUCAGAUUAUUGAGUAUUACUGAGUCUGAAAAUUAUAUUAAUUUUAUUAAAAAAUAUUUGUUAACAAAUUUUAAAGAGUUUUUAUUAAUUGAUGAAUUAUUAAUUAAAGUGUUAAGUGGAAAAGAAGAAGCCAUUUUGUCUUUUGUUUCUAUUUAUGCACUUUUGGAAAUUUUCAAGCCAAAUCCCUUGAUAUUUGCAAAUGAACAAGAGGAAUACAAUGAAAUGAGCAACGGUACUAAUUCUGAGCAUGCACAAAUGAAUAAUGAUUCAGAAAAAACAGUCAAAUUAACAAAUGGGAUAAUCUCAUCUAAGGGAAACCAUGACAGUAUAGGUGUUCUCGAAUUAGGUGGUGCAACAGCACAGAUUGUUAUAAAAAUCCCUUUAUCCAAAAUGAAUGAUGAUGUUAAAAAUUUAUUUAAUUACAAACAUAAGGAAAACAUUAACAAAAGUGUGAUAGAAGAAAAUUACAAAAAUAAAAAUAUUGUAAAAAUUCAUUUAUUAGGUAAUGAUCUUUAUCUAUAUUGUAAGAGUUAUUUAGUACUUGGAAGACAGAAUGCUAUGAAGACUUAUUUACAUUACAUUAUUCAUAAGCAUAACGAGGAAGACCAAGUGAGAGAAGCGCAUGAGACUGACAAGAAAGCAUAUGGUCGAGGGGAGAAUCAAAAACAUGAAAAGAAAAAUCAAAUGGAUCUUCCUAAGUUCAUUCCCGUUGCAUGUUUUCCAAAAAAUUUCAAAUUUUAUGUUAAUAAUCUGUAUGAAACGUCUAUUGAAGAAGAGUUGCAUGAGUAUGAUGGAAAAUCUCAAGUUAGUGAAAAAGACUACAUUGCUGUUGGGACAGGGAACAUAGAUUUAUGUAGAACCCAAGUACAGACCAUACUGAAAUAUGCAUUAAUUGACAAUUUGCCAUUCAAGUUGAAGAAAUUUAUAAAAUUGUAUGCUAUCGAGAAUUUUCAUCAUUUUGCCAUUGAUAUACUGAACAUACCGGAAAGCUUUAACCCCAUAUCUCUUAACUCAAACGUAUAUUUGGAGAAGGCAAAACAAAUCUGCCCCCUGACCAUAGACGAAAUAGUAAAAAUGGUGCGUCCAGGUUCGAAUAUAGAAAAGGCACAAACAUCUUGUUUCGGGCUAAUAUUUAUAUACGAGUUCAUGAGGCACAUCCUCAAAAUUGACACUCCCAUAAUGUUUCAUUCUACUAAUUACAUAAACAAAAUCAGCAUCACUUGGACAAUCGCUGUUCUUUUAAUGGAACUACCACGCCAUUUGCAUUUAAUUAAAAAACAGGAAAAAGAACCAUAUCAGAACGACGAACUUUAA